UCCAAAUCCUUGACUUGACUUGGACCCCUCCACUGUCAGAUAUCGAGCAUACCAAAUCCCGCCACCUCCAUUAGCACCAACAGGAACACCAACUAAUUUCUGGAAAGACAUGGUCAGGAAAAAGGUCAUUGUAUGCCCCACAUCAGGCAUUGAUUAUCGAGGCAUUCUCUCAUGUCUAGAUGGAUAUAUGAACAUUGCGCUGGAGCAGACGGAGAAGCAUAUUGAUGGUGCAGUCAUAAGUAAAUACGAGGACAUGUUCAUUUGCUGGAAUAAUGAUCCACUAUAAUCACAACGUUGUACUGUACGAGCAUCGCCAAAAUCUACGGGAGUAAUGUGUGACUGCAUUCCCCUGCUCUCAGCCUUUGAUUUUUGCACAUUAUUCGAUGAAGGAUCUAUCGGCGG